AUGCAAAAUACACAAAAACUUCAAUUCAUUUCUCAUUUUUCUUCUUCAACAUCAUCAUCAAUGGCUAUUGCCACUUCUUCAGAUUGGUCAUUUCCUCCUUGUAUUAACUGUAAAAACAGAAUCUUGAAACCAAAAUUUUGCUAUUCUUGUAAAACUUUGCCUUUUCUUUCAAACAUUUUCUUGAACUCAACAACUCUAGUUGCAAAAUCCUCUAGUAGUUGUUCUUCUCCUGUCUUAGAUGAAAAAAAAAGCCAAAAAACACCCUCCAAGAAUUCUCAAGUUAUAGAAUUAUUAGACUUGGAACAAAUUCAAGAUUUUAGUAGUACAACAAAUGGUACUACUAGUAGUACUAGUUUGCCUGAUUCUAAAGAUUUGAAUGGUGUAAUUUGCAGUUUACUUAAAGAUUCUCAAACUCAAGAAAUUGGAUAUGAUUACUAUGAGAAAGCAAAGGGGAAAAAAGAUUUUAGACCUGAGAAAUCAACACUAAAGCUUCUUAUCAGGUAUUUAGUGAAUUCAAACAAAUGGGGUUCAGUUUUUUCAUUGUCUAAAGAUUUGAGAACUUUGAAAGUGUUGCCUGAUAGUUCUACAUGUUGUAGAUUGAUAAGUAGUUGUAUGAAAUCAAGAAAGUUCAAGAUUGUAAAUAGUUUUCUUGAAUUGUUUAUAGUAGUUGAUCAAGAAAUCUCUGUUUUGGCUUUUGAUUCUGCUAUGAAAGGUUAUAAUAAGUUGCAUAUGUAUAGCAGUACUGUUGUGUUGUAUGAGAGAAUGAAAUCUGCAGGGCUUGUAUUAGACCCUGGAUGUUAUUGCAGUAUCAUGGAAGCACAUUCUAAAAUGGGGAAUUCUGAUAAAGUUGUGUCGUUUUUCGAAGAAUUUGAGAGCAAGAGAGUGGAGUCAACAAUACCUCAGUAUGUUCAAAUUUACAAGAGUCUUUGUGAGUCGUUAGGGAAAUCUGGUCGCGCUUUUGAGGCUUUGGAGUACUUUAGAGACAUGACUAAGAAGGGGAUUCAAGAGGAUCAUUCAUUUUACUCCAUAGUUAUAUGUGGAUUCGCGAGCAUUCGUGAAGUGAAAAUGGCUGAGGAGCUUUUAGAAGAAGCUGAAGGGAAGAAAAUGCUGAGGGAUCCAGCACUGUUUUUGAAACUGGUGUUGAUGUAUAUUGAAGAGGGGUGUAUGGAAAAGACUCUUGAUGUUGUUGCAACGAUGACUCGGGUGAAAAUCCGAGUGUCUGACUGCAUAUUUUGUGCAAUUGUGAAUGGAUUUUCAAGAAAAAGAGGUCUUAGGUCUGCUGUUCAAGUGUAUGAAGACCUUACUUCACAAGGCUGUGAACCAGGUCAAGUGACAUAUGCCUCAGUACUGAACUUGUAUUGUAGGCUUGGAUUGUAUUCUAAUGCAGAAAUGGUAUUUUCUGAAAUGGAACAAAAGGGGUUUGACAAAUGUGUUGUUGCUUAUUCUAGCAUGAUUGCAAUGUAUGGCAAAACAGGAAGGCCAAAAGAUGCAAUGAAACUUGUCGCGAUAAUGAAAGAAAGAGGCUGUCAACCAAAUGUUUGGGUGUACAAUGCUCUCUUAGACAUUCAUGGAAAAGUUCUAAACUUGAGACAAGUCGAAAAAAUAUGGAAGGAAAUGAAGAGAAGGAAGAUUUUUCCAGAUAGAGUAAGUUACACAAGCAUUAUAAGUGCAUAUAGCAAGGCAAGGGAGUUUGACAAGUGUUUGAUAUACUAUCAAGAAUUUACACUAAACGGUGGAAGGCUCGAUAGGGCAAUGGCUGGGAUUAUGGUUGGUGUUUUCUCAAAGAUGAAUAGAGUUGAUGAGUUGAUUAGUCUUCUGCAGAAUAUGAAGAGAGAAGGGACUAAGUUAGAUGGAAGACUUCAAAAGUCAGCUUUGAAUUCUUUGAGGGAUGCAGGGCUACAAAUCCAAGCAAAAUGGCUGCAAGAAAGCUUUGGUGCAACAUGAGUUCAUUUUUUCACUUUGUAGAUACCAAAGUGAUUGACAGUGAUAAAACUUCAUUAUGUUGGCACAAGAACUAACAGAGAUAUUCACUCUUU